AUAUUACACGCUGAAACAAGUCCUAAGAAUACAGAUUAUUAAUUAAUAAGAAAUGAGCACCGACCUAACUUUACAAUCCAAAGAACGAGAAAAGGAAAAACAUGGAUUUCAACUAUUUAAUUUGUGGUUUGAACAAUAUUCAGUGUCUUUUAUGUCAAUAGCAAACCAUCAAAAGUCGUCUACUCAGUGGCAAGUGAGCUUCUUUUGAUCGCAUGAGCAGCAUUUUGCCUUCACUUGCUCUGGCUAACCACCAAAGGCAGUAGAUAGGACCUUGGCCUGCCCUGAAACAACUCGAUGGAUCUCAGUGCUGACUCCGGGACACUCCCCACCCACACCACUUUAGGAGGACCUGUGUUGGAGCAGGAGCUGUCUCUGCCUAACGCUCGAUGUCAAGCAGAAAGUGGAGGCACCAUCUUACUACAGUUGUUGGAAUUUAAAACCCAUCUACUUGAGGCUGUAGAGGAGCUGCAUAUUCGGAGGGAUGCAGAGACACGCUUUGAGGAUCAGAUCAAUAAACUGGCGUUGGAGAAACAGGAGCUGGACUGGGAGAAGGAAUCCCUACAACAUCAAAUUGAAACAGUGGCAAACCAGCACACAGAGUCACUCAUCAAUGUAAAAGAGCAGCUUCAGGCAAAAAUAAGAAACAUUGAGGAGGAGAAGGGUAAAUACCAGGUCAGUGCUGAGUUAAAGGAUAAGGAGAUUAACAACCUAAAAGAAGAGCUGAAGACACUUCAAUUACUGAAGUACAACUUAGAGAAGAAAUCAAGUGAGCUGGAACAGAAAUUAGCCUUGCAGAACCGGUCAAAGGAUAGCCACUUGAACCAGUUGGGGGAGGUUGAGAAGCGUUUCAGUGCUCUAUCCAGGCAGUGUGCCAUGGUGAAGCAUGCCCACGAGAAACUAGAGCAAAAUGUUGAUGAGGCCAUGAAAAUAAAUAAGAAACUGACUACUGCAAAUGAAAAACAAGAAGCAAACAUUGUGUCACUAAAGAAGGAGUUGGAGGAGGUCAGUAACAAGCUGAUCAAGGCCAAAAUGUCAUCAGUUAGACAUGACAAGGCCCAUAGUCCUACAGGCAGAGAGCAGCAUUUUCAGCAGCUGCAACAGAAACUGAACAUGGAAACUGAAAUGAACAAGAAACUCAGGGAUGAAAAUAUAGCUGUGAGAGCAGAAAAGCAGGAAGUGAUGAAGUCUCUGCAGCAUACCCAGCAGCUGUUGUUGAGUCAGACACAGACAGUAAGCAGACUAGAGCUGGAGCUCCAGACACAAAGAGAACAGUACCAGGCCCUUAAGCAGGAGCAUCACACAGUAAUGCGAGAGAAAAAAAAGGCAAUGGAAGAGAAGAUGGCCCAACUGAUGGAAAACUACGCUGCUUCCAAGAACAGAUGGGACAAUGAGAAGUCAGUGUUUCUGGAUUGCAUCAAGAGUGAGCAGCAGGACCUUCAAGCAGUGAAAGAGGCUUACAACAAGCUCCAUCAGGGACAUACUGAACUGUCUUCACAGACCAAAGUACAGGCUCAGCAUAUACAUGAAUUGGAGAUGAGAGACAGCAGUCAGAGCCUCAGUGUUUCUACAAAGAUCUUCCCCAAUUUGGUGGAGAAAAUCAGAGAAGAGGAAACUCUUAAUGAACCCAUCUCCAGCUCUAAACUGCCUGGCUUUGGAAGUCUGCAGCCCUUGGCCUCCAGUGUGACCAAAAACCCAGACUGUCUGGAAGACACUGGAGCUGUGACUAAGCUAGUUGCCAUUAAAGUAACUGGAGAAUCAACUGUUUCAAGUCUUGGUUACAUGUCUAUCGAUGGAUCAGUAGACUUGCUAAGCAAAGAAAAGCGUGACGAAGGCAAUGGUGAAAUGAGUGAGAAAGAACAGGGAUGGAAAGAUGAUGUGAAACAAGUACAAAACAACAGAGAAGAUGGGGAAAGAAUUGAGGAGCAGCAGUGGAACAAAGAAAAAGUAAAAGGAGAAAAUGUGAAGGAAGGAGGAAGGGCUGGAGAAAUGGGAGUAAGUGCCGGAGAAAAGAGAGGAACGCUCAUGGCCCAAACAACAGAUAGAGCAGACAGACAAGACUGUAGCCAGGGGUCAACAGAGGAUGCAGGGGAGCCCAAACAGCCUGAAACAGAAAAAAAACAUAGAGCAGAAGGGGAAGGUACAUAUGGAGCGGAGGAGAAAGGAAAGACAGGGCAACACACAGCAGAAACCCAGAUACCGGCUCAGACAACUACUGAUAUGACUACUAAGAAGAGCAACACACAGCAGGUCAUUGACUUCAUGGACACUGAGCCACUGCUAGCUGCCUGUGAACCCUCAGACUGCUCACAAAAUCUUUUUCAGAAAAUAAGAGAGAAGGAUGCUGACUCUAGCCAUGUGAAAAAAGGAAAUGAAGUUAGGAGAGAAAUACAUACCUUUUGCUCUGAUGAGCACCAAAGUGUCAAUCUGGGGCCAAACUUUGUCAUUCAAGAGGUGCAACCCCUCUGUCAUGAUGAGGAUCAAACCUUUGCUAAGUCAGUUUCUCAGCUGCCAAGUCUAGCUCAUCAAGUUUCUGAGAAGACUAAGGAAGAGAAACCAUCCUACAAAUCAGCAGCCAAGAUACCCACUGAACCUUCUGGACCUCUGAACCAGUCAAGUAUUUGUAGCUCACAGACCGUUAGUGCACUGUUAGCUGCUCAGUCUGAUGGUAUUGUCAGUAUCCAAGAGUUUGAGACAACUACAACACAAACACAACUUAAUAAUCUGUCUGACAUUAUGAGCGACAUGAAGCAACCAGAUAAAAUGUGUGAUAAUGAAGAAUGUGUUUUACUGACAACAGUGGUUGAAUCACAAGCAUUUCUUCAAAGUCAGAUAACUGAUAAUGAUGAUAAAGGGUAUUCUAGUGCAUGUAAGAAGGAAAGUCAGUCAAAUGUAAAAACGUGUGAAAUCAAUUCCUGCGAGACUGGCCAGGAACUUAUGGAAAAAUCUAAUUUGAAGGAUGCCUGGACUGAUAUCACAAUGGAUACUGUAAACCUUGAAUCUUGGGUUGAGACUGGCAGCUAUCAAGAACACAUGGAAAAUGACAAAAAAGAAGACACAGGAGAUGCAAAGACAACUCAAAGUGAAACAGUUUUGAAGCUGUCCGUCCAUCCAAGUCAUGAGAGUAAUGCAUCCCCAGAGACUGGCAGCAAAAAAUACUAUGAGCAGUCUCCAGCAAACAAGUUGCUGCUUGAUGAUACUAUUGAGUUGUCUCCGCCCAGUAAUAAGUGUUACAGGUCGUCAUUUGACUUGGGUAGUGCUCAGAGAAAAACAGGAUCCCCUAUGUCUGAGCAACAUAAAAGUGGUUCUGGUGGACUCCUCAGACAUCCUGCCAGCACAAUACCAAUGUUUCUAAAAAGCAUGCACAACAAAGUCCCCUUGGUGAUUAGCGGGGCGUCGGAUCUGUUGAAUGCCUCCAGUGUCUGUGGAACUGCAGCUUCCAUAAGAAGACAGCAGGGAGAGUGGAAGUGUCUGGGAAAAACCUUCAGAGAAACAGCAAAAGCAGACAUGGAGAGCAGCGCUUCUGUGUCAAUUACUUCUUUUCCAGUCUCCACAUCCAUCACAGUCAGUAGACUGUCAUGGCCAACUACCCCAGGGUGUAGCAGUGAUCCUACCUCCACUGUAGGUCCUGGUUCAGAGUCAGAUUGGGAACCCUCUGGCUCCCAGGAGAGGGAAGACGAACAGUCAUCAUUCAGAGCCCAUAUCUCCACAAUCGAACAGUUCCUCAACACAGAGAGGCUCCGUCUGCCCAAAAGACGAAAAACGGAAAACUAAACCACAAAACGUACUGUUCUGUUGAGGGAUGCUACUGUAUCUAAUGUAGUUACACUACUAAAGUCUUCUGCAGCACUUAUUUGGUAAAUUGAGCAGAGCAAAAUUCUGCAAAAGUUGUUGGUUUAAAUCACUGCUCGUUCACAUUACUGUUAUGGAAACAUUUCUUCAGUUUUUCUUCAUGGAAAACUGCUCUGUUCAUUUGUUGUUGCAUUGACAUGAAAUAUUUGCAGGCAGGAAAAGAGGGGAUUGAUUAUUCCACAGGAGGUUUAUACAUUCAUCUUGCUAUAUUUUAAAGCUUUUAUUUUAACAUACAGUUGUGUGUGUAUAAAGCAGUGUUGAAACAUGUGCAUUGGCAUAUAAACAAGAUUAAAACAUUUGGUUUACUUGUGGA